AUGGUCACCGUGGCAGUCAUCGGCGGGACAGGCUCUGUCGGCAAAACAAUCGUCGACGCUUUCCUAGCAGAAGGGUCUCAUGAGGUCAUUGUAAUCUCUCGCAAGGUUCCGGAAGGCAAGAGCGCUGCCAAAGUCAUCGCGGUGGAUUACACAGACGUCGAAGAGCUCACCAAAACGCUUGAGGAAAACAAUAUCCAUACCGUCAUCUCAACCAUUGUCAUGUAUGAUCCUGAAGCUGCAAAGGCAGAGAGGAGCUUCAUUGCAGCUGCAGACAAGUCCUCCUGUACCAAGCGCUUCGUAGUGAGUAACUGGGGCAAUGCUACGCCCGAGGAACCAUCUCUCCAGCUAGAACUCAACGGCCUUCGUGAGCCGAGUAUUGCCGCUGUUCGCAAGACCGGACUGGAAUGGACGCAGUUCUACGUCGGCCUCUUCUUAGACUACUACGGUAUGCCGCACAUACCCACCUACCUUACACCUCUCGUUGUGUUCGUGGACAUGGCGCACAAGACAGCAGCGCUCCCUGGUAAUACGGGCGAUGAAACCAUAAGCUUCACGUACACGCAAGACCUGGCAAGAUUUGUAGUCGCAGCCAUGGGGUUGAAACAUUGGGAAGAAGCGCUGCAUUGCUACAGCGAGAACACUUCUUUGUCUCGCCUCGUGCAGUUAGCUGAAGAAGCCCGCGGUUCAAAGUUCACCAUGACUCUCGACCCUGUCGAGAAGCUUGCACGUGGCGAGAUUACCGAAUUGCCUACUCAUCCACAUUUGUACCCGUACUUCCCCAAGCCGACACUUGUCGGCCUCUUGGCCAAGUUCGGGCUGUGGGCUGUGAAUGGAAUCAUGUUUGUUCCGCAUGAAGGAAGUUUGAACGAGAAGUUUCCUGAGAUCAAGCCCAAGAGUGUGGAGGAAGUUGUUGGGUUCUGGAAAGGAAAGUGA